CAAUGGCAGGACAGUGUUCUCCUGUGAUCCACGCGUGGUGCUGUGGAGAGCAUCACCACAUGAAUACUAACCAGAGCAUGAGACGGACUCGUCCUGCUGACAACAAACACAAACAUCCGACAGUUGGUAUCAGAAAAGAAACCUGCUAUUUGCGCGGCACCGUAAAGCUACAUCUUUAUAUGUGUCGUUGCAUGAAGUAAACAAAGACAAUUGACUACGCGCGCGCACGUCCGGAGCUGAUCGAGUAGUACGUGGUACCCAAGUUGAGACCGAUGUGGAGACUGCUGGGCGUUAUCGUUCCCGCUGCUAUGGUUACACCGUGAGCGGUAAGAGGAUCGUGUUUAAGCAAAAAAUUGGGAUUUUGUUGCAACAGAAACCAUGGGCUCCAGGCUCAGCCGUCAAAACAGUCUCGACAACGAGAAUUUUUCAAGAAGGAGACGAAAGCAUCUGGACAGCACGGGGGAGAGCGAGCAGAGGGGAAGCCGCGGCAGCGCCGACUUCUUGUUUACAUCCCUGAUGCUCAAACCGGAUAAACUGCCAGGGAUGCUGAGGAGGGCAAACCCCAGCCCCUAUGUCAGACGAGUCGCGUGGGUUCGAGAGAUUCAAAAGCUCCUUCGAGGGAUGAAAAUAGAGGAGGCGACCGAUGUACUUAGACUGUUGAGAAAGGAUCUUGGUUUGGAGGGAACGUCACUAAACGAUAUCCUCUACAAGAACUCAGCCUUUCUGAAUCUUGUUGACCCCAUAUCUCAUGAGCUGCUACUAAGCCUGGCCAAAGACAUGCAGUGCCCGAAAAAGGACUCUGAUAUGCUGAAAUCAUCUGAUAAAAUCUGCAGACAGCUAAUCUACCACCUGACCCCUCACUCCAAAUGGCUCAGAAAAAGCAUGACCAGGAGAAAGGCCCAGGCCUGUCUUAAAACAACACUUCAAAAGAAGCUGUGCAGUGACUCAGUGGACCUCUCUGGGAUCCCUCUGUCAACUCGUGACUUACGACACGUGGCAUAUUACCUCCAGACCAGCGGGGGUGCUGUGAUAUCCGUAGACCUGAGUUUCACUGAGCUUCGAGAUGAAGGCCUACGUCUACUACUGCCCUUCCUGGGUGCAUUGCCCAAACUCACGACACUGGCUCUCAACGGGAACCGUCUGACUCAUGGCGUCCUUAAAGAUUUGGCCGAAGCCCUCAAGGAAUCUAAGGGGUUCAACUGUCUUGCUUGGGUUGACCUGGGCAACAACGUGGACAUAUUUACCAUGCCGCAGCCUCUUCUGGUAGCCCUAAGGCGACGCUGUAGUCUGAAGAGCAGCCUGCCUACUAUCUAUGAGUACACAGAAGGUCAACCCUACUGCUAUCGCAUGGAGAGUUCCAUUGAAGAACCCAGCCACUACGAAGAAGAUGAAGAAGAGGAAGAUAUAGAGCCAUGGAGUAUCGGAGAACAGAAAAGUUCGGGUAGUUUCACCCUUCCCUAUUGCCAGAGGUGAACCAAUCACUUCUGGUGUCAUCAAAUGAUGGAAUGAAAAUCAUAAAGAACGAGAAAGUGCAAGUAGGAGACCCCUUCUCCCUCAGCACCAUUUCUCCCAGUCAACACAUUUUACCUUCUACCUUUCUCCUCCACUGCAGCUCCAUGAAACUCCCAUUGUAUGACCAACAUAUUUAAAGUGUUCCCAACAACACAAAUGGGACCACCUGAACACAACACAAUGAAACGCGCUCUCCAAAAGCUUCACCAUUGACUUACUAUGUGGAUGGGUGAUGCUCCUUGACACAAGAUGGGGGUUCAUUGGAGGAGGUCUUCUCUCACGAAGAACCAGUGACGGAGAGGAAAAAUUGAGCGAGGGAGUCAAUUGCCGGGUUGAUGCAUACCAGCGGUGUAUUUGAAGAUCGGACACCCAGCUUUUAGCAAUUUUGUGAGGUUUGGUCAGAUUUGUCAGUGUUGCAUCGCUUGUCUUUACUGGGACAGACCGGACCCAUCACCAUUAUGUCUGUGCUCCACUAAUCUCCCAACAAAAGCCAUGAAACCAGCUCAACAGACUCUACAGCCGAUCCAACGUCACGUGACGCCAGCAAAACUGCUAUGUAGAGACUUUUGCAUUCCCCCACUUUCCGAAACGUUAACUCAUUCAUUCACACAUCACUUUUCGUGUAGUUGUGAGUGAUGAUACAGGGUAACACUAGCUGGUGUGCUAGAGGACUUUUUUGUUGUGUACUAUUGUUAAAGUUACCUUAUAAGACAACGGGUAGAUUAUAAGAACGAUUUGAGUUUACUGAAUGAUAAGACUUGGAACAUGUUUGUCAUUACUUGUUUUUAUUAGGGCAUUUUUUCCAUUUUAAAAAUACCUCUUAAGUACGCUUUCCUUAUUUGAGAGAAACUCUAUACUGCUUUUUACCAACUUUGCCCUCUUUAAGAAAAGUUUUGACUUUUUUAAGUAAGACUUUUACUUUGGUAUACUCAGAUAAAUAAAGGUACCUAUGCCUGGUCAAUUGAUAUGAUUAAUAUGGUGUAUAUUCUAAUACCUUAUUGUGUUUUCUUGAUAAGCCAUGUCUAAUACACUAAACUGAAAUAUUAAUUCACACUUAACAUUGGUGAAGCAGGUUGUAUUUUACCUUUAACAUGACUGCUACAAAUAUAUAUAUGAAGUCAGCUGAACUGUGCAUAUCUGCCGAUAUACCGAUUCAAAUGAGUGAUGAUAUCGAUUACGAUGCGGAUAGUUUGGUGGUUUUACCUUUUAUAUUUUCUUUUAAAUUAAUGAUAAUUAAUGACACAAUUUUGUAAGACAUGCAAAUGAAAACUGUUUUUUCUCUAUUUCAGCAACAUUUCAAAGUAAUUACAAGCCUGUACUUAAAUUAACAUUCUUAACAUAAACUAAAUUCUUAAUAUUUAAAUUAUAUUUCUUAAGAUUUAUGAAUUAAUAACAGGUAUUCAAUUCAAUUUUAUUUAUAUAAUGCUCUUAACAAUUGUUUAAUUGUUUCAAAUCAGCUUUGCUGGUGAUAAAACACCAGUGGACAUUAGUAAUAAUGUAACGUAUAGAUAAAAGUGCUAAGUUAAGCCAAUGUCAGCUGACACCCUAGGGGUUGAAAAAACUCCUAGGAGAAAAAUUCCUAUCAACACUAAACAUCAAGCAUUUAACACUUCCUUUACACGUAGCACAAUGUGAUGGAUUUCCUGCCCUCUUUUAAUUGACGGGAAUAAUCGGACGAUUAUUUUUAAACUAUCUGCCGAUGGUGUGAUUAUUGGCUGAUAUAUCGAUGCAUCUUUAAUAUUUACACAUCAUGUUAAAAUUAUUUGAUUACCUGAGCACUUUAAUUCGUAUUUUAAACAUAUGUGUGUCUCAAAAGCUUAUCAUAGUAAUGUUGUCUUGUGUAACACAAACAUUUGAUAUCAUAAUCUUAAUACAAAACCAGUCAUACAAAUACAACUCAAGCUGUUUGGAGGUAAAGCUCAGAUGAUCGAAUUGUUAAAUGUUAACCUUUUUUGUUGUUCAAAUAUAUACAUGUAUUAUUUUUAAAUGUGUCAAAUGUGUAUUUGUUUAAUGUUAUCUCAAUGUUGUCUCAGUGUUGUUGACUAUAUUAAUAUAUGUAAUAUCCCUUCACAGGAGCUUAACAAAUGCUAUUUGUAAAACGUAUACACGACCUUGUAAACUUUCCAGUACUGAAUAUGAAUAUCAUCUGGACUGUUUUCAUCUUAAAAUAAAUUUCACUUCACAAGAAGUGUCUUAUUGUAAAAAUAGAAGUAUUUGCAUAAAUAUUUGCAUUUGUUGUUAUGGCCCUGUGCGUAUACAGUAGAUCAUUAUAAUUAAUGACCAGCCAUGAUCUGCUUGUAUGGGAUGUUUAACCUGCAUAUGAUAUUCUUGUUACUCAUGUAAACAAUAUCAGAAUCUUAGUACUCACAAUGCUUACUGUAUACAUGAUGGCAAAUAUCCAAUACAGGUUCUUAAUUGAAGGGCAGUUUAUUUGUCAUGUUGUUUAUGUGUCUGUUUGUAUAUAUGAGUUUUCUCUGUCUGUGUCAUAAAUCUGUGCUUUAAACAUUAUGUAAUAAGCAGUACUUAUAAGACUGUUACACAGCUCUGUAAUAAAACUUGAUUAUUAUAAUCCCAUAGCUGUACCAAAAGAAUAGUCGCUUGUUUAUUUGGUGACAUCAGAGAGUGUUUGGAGGAUAAAAGUUGUGUCUGUGAAAGGUUGGUGUUUUGGAGUGUACAACAAAAAUGGCAAGAUGUUUUUUUAUGAUGGUGAUGAUGCUGAAAUCUGCAAUAGCCUGUGUG